AUGGGUGUAGCCAUCAGCCCAAUUCAAACCGCAUACGCAGAAGCACCUCCGCACAGCUCGUCUCCCUCGAAGAAACCGAUGUACGAUGUGGAUGAGGAAGAGAGCACCAACAGCAUCCUCCGCAAGAUAGAGAAGCCUGCUGCACAGCCAGCAACGAGCCAGCCGGAUUCUCCCUCGCCGCAAGCCCCUACCCUCAUCAAGACCCGUUCUCCAACCCCAACUGACCAGUUGGCCGAGCAAAUCCGACACGCCCGUCUAUUCCUUUACCGCCACUCGCUGGUAGCGGAAAACAGCUUCAACGACACUGUUGCCCGCGUCCUCCGUGCCGAGUCUCAGUUCACAAGUACAAUUGCGUCCCUAGCACCACCACGCGAGUCUGGUGAAAGGCUGCUACCAGGUGGUAUUUAUGUCCUGGUAUCCGCAAUGGCUGGUUCGAUUGUCUCGCGGAAUCGAGGUAUACUGCUCCGAACCGCCUCUCCGAUUGCAGUGGGGACAGUUGCUGCCUGGAGUUUGCUCCCAAUCACUAUGAGAAAUGUCUCUGACCUGGUAUGGGAGUACGAGAAGAAGGUUCCCGCAGUGGCUGAAAACCAUCUCUACCUUCAGUAUGUUGCGGAGCACUCGGUACAGCAGGCUAUCAGGGUCAGUGGCGAUGCACGAGUUUGGAUGGAAAGCAAGAUAGGCCAGGGUCGAGAAACGUUGGAGAAAUGGAUCAGCAAGGGACUAUGA